AUGAAUAAAAAAACUGAAAAUCCCUCUCUCAUUUUUGAAUAUCCCUCUCUCAUUUUUGAAUAUCUUGGCGCUAAGAAAAUGUUCAAGUUCAUUCGUUCUUUGCUCUUUCUUUUGUUCUUUGCCCCUUUCAUUUUUCUUUUCAUUUCUUUUUCCUUCCUUCCUUGUUUUUCUUUCCUUGUUUUUCUUUCCUUGUUUUUCUUUCCUUGUUUUUCUUUCCUUUCUCUUUUAGUCUGUCUUAGUAUUUCUCUGUUAGUAUUUCUUUUUUUCCUUUCUUUCUCUGUUAGUAUUUCUUUUUUUCCUUUCUUUCUCUUUUUCUUUUUUUCCUUUCUUUCUUUAGUAUUUCUUUUUUUCCUUUCUUUCUCUGUUAGUAUUUCUUUUUUUCCUUUCUUUCUCUUAUUUCUUUUUUUCCUUUCUUUCUCUGUUAGUAUUUCUUUCUUUCCUUUUCUCUGUUAUUUUCUUUCUUUCCUUUCUUUCUCUGUUAGUAUUUCUUUCUUUUCCUUUCUUUCUCUGUUAGUAUUUCUUUCUUUCCUUUCUUUCUCUUAUUUCUUUCUUUCCUUUCUUUCUCUGUUAGUAUUUCUUUCUUUCCUUUCUUUCUCUGUUAGUAUUUCUUUCUUUCCUUUCUUUCUCUUAUUUCUUUUUUCCUUUCUUUUCUCUGUUAGUAUUUUUCUUUCUUUCUUUCUUUCUCUGUUAGUAUUUCUUUCUUUCCUUUCUUUCUCUGAGUAUUUCUUUCUUUCCUUUCUUUCUCUGUUAGUAUUUCUUUCUUUCUUUGACUAA